GGCAGGAAAGGGCAGGUCUGCGCCGCGGCUCCCGCUCGCUCCCGCGGCGACUCGUGGUCGGGGCCGCGCGGGAGCGACAUGCCUGCGCGCCCGGGCUUGUGACCCGCUCGGGGAUGGACAGCGGCUCCGUGGCGGGCGAGCGGCCGAAGCGCACGCCGGGCCGUCAGCGGCUCCUGCCCUCCGGCUGCAGAGUUCCUGUGCGCCUCGGCAUCUCCCCGGUGCCCGGCGGACGAAGCUGGCUGAGGCCUCGCUUACGGGCCGCCCGCGCGUCCCCGCUGCUGCUCCUCCUGCUCGUGCCCUCCCCGCGCCUGGCCGCCACCGCCCCGCGUAGGACGCUGGCUGAGUGCACGCGCCCGGGGCACGCCGUCCCCGUGGCCGCGCUCGGCGCCGGCAGGAACUCGCAAUGCCGUCUGUCACUGGGCGCCGGGCGUGUGGCCGCGCUGGCGAGCAGCCGGAGAGAGCUCAGCCUGUCUGCUGGGUGCCCACAGCUGGAGCACAGAAAGGGGAACUUGCCCUCUUCUGUGAGUCGGAAGCUCUACUUUGACACCCACGCUUUGGUGUGCUUACUUGAAGCAAAUGGAUUUACCACUCAACAAUCGGAAAUCAUUAUGUCUGCGUUGGUCAAGAUCACAGAGACCAACAUGAAUAUCAUCUACAGCGAUACGGUCACCAAGGUGCAGCAGGAGAUCACUCUUCAGCAGAUAAUGUCUAAUAUUGCUAACGUGAAGAAAGAUAUGGUGAUCCUGGAGAAGAGUGAGUUUUCGGCCCUCCGAGCAGAAAAUGAGAAAAUAAAACUUGAACUCCACCAGUUAAAACAGCAAAUGAUGGAUGAAAUACUCAAAGUCCGGACAGACACCAAAUUAAACUUCAAUCUAGAGAAGAGCAGAGUAAAAGAAUUGUACUCAUUGAACGAGAAGAAGAUGCUGCAGCUGAGGACAGAAAUGGUGUCCCUGCACGCCCAGCAAGACAGAGCCCUGACCCAGACAGACAGGAAGAUAGAAACUGAGGUGGCUGGCCUCAAGACUUUGCUGGAGGCGCACAAGCUGGACACGAUCAAAUACUUAGCAGGGUCUGUGUUUACGUGCCUAACAGUAGCUCUGGGAUUUUAUCGCCUGUGGAUAUAAUAAAGUGCCUAUUUAAAGAAAUUUCUAUCGUUUUGCCUUAAGAGUACAAGAUUGUUGUCCCAUCUACCCCAUCCUACUUUUUGCUUCUUGUUUCAAGUUUUAAUCCUAAUUUGACUUCAUGCAUAUUGCUUAUUUUUGUGCAACUGUGGAUCCGUAACCAAGGUGACGAAGUCGGGAUUUCUGUAAUUCUUCAGCGCUCCCCUCUUUAGUUGACUUUCUGACCGAGCAGUGUGGACCACGCUUUCAAGACUCCAUUCGACCAAAGCAGUGGACUUGGUCUAAAGCUGCAGUAUAUGACAAAAAUAAAUACUGGUGUCGUCCUCGGCCGCUUUAAGUAGUUUGUAAGGUGGAGAACUCGGGAACUCAUUUUGAAGACAAAAUAGCUUUAAAUCUGAAGAAUCCUUGGAGUCCAACCCAGAAUACCAGCUCUUCUCCUCCUCAUCAACAGCCGCUCCCCCUUGGCCUAGCUUCCAGCUGCAGGAGCUGCAGCGUCAAGGAGGCUGCGCUGGUGCACCUAGGGGCCUUUGUUUUCAUUGUCUUGGUGAAAAUGCGGUGCUUGUUGUUGCUGCGCCUGCAGCUGGGAGUCCUGGUGCCUAACGCAGCUUUGUGAUCUAAGCACAAGUUCUUUCACUGCUGCCAAUCAUGUGUUUCUGGUAUUGAGACAAGGGCUUGUUAUUUAGUCCAGGCUGGCUUUGAACUCAGUCCCGCGUCAGUGCCGCCACACCUAGUCUCUGUCUUUCAGACGGCUAGCUUUCCCCUCUUCAUCCUCUUACUUUCCUUCACCAUGUGGGAGCUCACCACACUCAUGGCGUUACCUCCCUAGAAAACGUAGAAUUCUUAGAAUGAAACCCCGCUUCAGUUUGGGGUUUUGAGUAAACGCCCUUCUGGUUA